AUGAGAGAAAGGACGAUGAAAAUUGGAGAUCUUUCAUUCGAUUAUUUAAUUAUAGGCGGUGGGACCGCAGGGCUGGCAGUUGCUGCACGACUUAGCGAAGACCCUGGAGUCCAAGUGGGGGUCAUCGAGGCUGGUCCGUCGGCCUUAAACGGCGAAGAUGGCGGGGCUAUCACUGUGCCCGGUCGCUACGGGGAAACUAUCGGUUCGAAAUACGAUUGGAAAUUCGAAACGACACCCCAGCCUGAGCUGGCGGGUCGAUCUCUUCCAAUGCCUCGUGGACGCGUUCUUGGUGGUACAAGUGCCUUGAACUUUAUGGCUUGGAACAGAGCUCACCGUCACGAUUAUGAUGCUUGGGCGAAUCUAGGAAACGCCGGCUGGGGAUGGGAUGAUUUGCUUCCUUAUUUCCUCCGCAGCGAGACAUUCCACCAGCCUAGUUCUACCCAUCAGAAAGACUACAAUUCAAGUUAUCAAGCCGAGUUCAACGGUACUAAGGGUCCGAUCCAGACAACACAUACCAAGGAAUAUGGCCCAACGCACCAAUACUGGCAUGGUACAAUGAAUGCCCUGGGCAUUCCUUCUAGUGAUGAUAGUCUCGCAGGGGCCAACUACGGUGCUUGGAAUAUGGUUUGCAGCAUUGAUCCUAGCCAGCAAAUACGGAGUUACGCUGCUUCGGCUUACUACGCACCGAUCACAUCUAGGGAAAAUUUGCAUGUCUUUACAGACACGACUGGGCUGAAAGUUCUAUUGGAGAAAUGUGACUCGGGUCUGAAAGCGACCGGCGCAAGUGUACGCCAUGACGGGCACAUCUACGAGAUAAAAGCAAGAAGAGAAAUUAUCCUGAGCGCAGGUAGCUUACAAUCGCCACAGAUCUUAGAAAUGUCGGGCAUUGGCGCACGGGAGGUUCUAGAGGCUGCGAGAAUCGAAGUGAAAUUUGAAAAUAAAAACGUGGGAGAGAAUUUGAAAGAUCAUAUGAUGUUUGCGAGUAUAUACGAGGUGCUUCCGACCCUCUCAUCGGGGAACGACAUCAUCAGCAACCCAGCUCUACGGGCCGCUGCCGACCAUGCAUAUCAGACCACGCGAACUGGCCCGUGGACUGUACUUCCGUGUUCGGUUGCUUAUUGUUCAGUGUCGGACAUCACGUCAGAGAAACAACGUUGCGAUUUGAUCUCGUACUCGAAAAUCCUCGAACAUCAAUUCGAAGGAGAGGCUAUGAAAGAAAAAUUACGACAACACGUAAGAGAGACCUUGCUGCCUAAGUCUCAAGGUCAAAUUGAAUAUAUCUUUGAUCUGGGGAACUGGUGUCCAUUUUUCAAGGCAGAUCCGAAUAAGAAAUACGCAACCAUGCUUCAGAUACUACAGUAUCCAUUAUCGCAGGGCUCUGUACACAUCCGAGCUCGAUCAAAUGAUGCCGAUGUUGUCAGUACUGAAGAAUUGCCCAUCCUGGACCCGAAAUACUACAUGGGCAUGGGUCAUUUCGAUAAGAAGAUAAUGGGCCUGGCGCGAGAGUUCUCAGAUAAGAUUUGUCAAACAGAGCCAUUAGCAGGAAUUAUCAAAGGUCGUGCAUUUCCUCCAUUGUCGAAUGGUUUAAACGUGGGAGACAAAGUGUCUGAUUUGGAGACGGAGAAAAACGAACGACUGGACGACGCGAUGAUGGAAAAGUACACCAUCACUGACUGGCACCCCAUCGGUACCUGUGCAAUGGGUGGUUCAGGAGGCGCACGCGACGGAGUUGUCGAUACUCGUUUACGAGUCUAUGGCGUAGAUGGAUUGAGAGUAAUUGAUGCCAGUAUCAUGCCUCUGCAGAUCGGGGCUCAUCCCCAAGCAACUGUGUACGCGAUCGCCGAAAAGGGAGCAGCCAUGAUCAUAGAAGACUGGGAAUGCAUCUGA